AUGCCUUGCCAUCAGCGAAUACUACGCAUCGAGCAUGAUCGACCCGCCUCGCAUACGCCAUCCACCCUGCAUACAGCUCUGUACUACAGCCUUCCGGACGUUGCCGAGCAUCAGUUCCGCCACCAGAUUCGCGCCACCAGAUUCGGCAUGGUCGACAUGAUGACCAGCUCAGCUUUUCGACAUUAUGCUCGCAUAGCUGGAAUCCUGCCAGCAUCGCGCAGCUUCGAGCGCAAACGCGCUCAGUGCCCAUCUCAGCAUAUCAUCAAACGGUUUUCCACAGCAGCGCAUGACCUACAAGGAGGCCAGGACGAUAGGCUGCUGGCGUUGUGCAAAGCUGUCCGCACUCGAGCUCGUUAUAGAUCAGCGACAGCUCUGUGCGCAAGGAUCCCCGCGGCAACUCUUCAGAUGCUCUCGAUAUCGCGCUCAAGACGCCCUUGGGUGUUGCCAUUGGCAUCGAUUCCGUUCGGCAACCCUGAUGCAUCGUCUUCCAUCACAUUGCUAGCGAUUCGCUGCCACGUCCUUGGCGACAGGUUCUGUGCCGCCGCGCCGCCUCGACCGAUUCAUCCUGUCGGCAUUCGCCUCAUUGCUCCGCUGCGCCGCCAGACUGUGCUCACAUCCUCACUUUCCGUCAAGCAACAAACACUUACAUUAUUGCCGUUGCACUUUCCUUUCUCCUUCGCCCCACAGACUCUCGCCGUCGACCUUCUUAACCCCUCCGCCGAGCAGCAGGCUCGCUCUCACAAGCUCAAGCGACUUGUGCAGAACCCCAACUCGUUCUUCAUGGACGUCAAGUGCCCUGGUUGCUUCGCCAUCACCACCGUCUUCUCGCACGCCCAGACCGUCGUCGUUUGCGGCUCGUGCGCCCAGGUUCUCUCGCAGCCCACCGGUGGUAAGGCCCGCUUGACCGAGGGCUGCUCUUUCCGUAAGAAGGCGUAA